AUGGAUCUGGAGCUCAUUCGCAGCCAUCACGAAAAUUCACGAGAUACUCAAAUACAAUAUACGCAAAACUUUCAGUACGGAAAUUUCACAGUAGUCAUACUUUCGGCUCACUUCAGUCAUCCACUGACUUUGGACCAUAAAUCUUGUUCAAUUGUCUCUUCAAAUAUUUCCAUCUUCUCUCCUUCUCUUGCCUCUUUCUCUCGUCCUGUACCUAACCCAACUACGCGACAACUAACACUUCACCAACUCACCACCAUGGACGCCUUUGCUGAUUCAGGUGAACUCUACACCAUACGCAACCAGUUCUAUACCAACCAGCACCGCAAGAUCCAAGAGUACUCUUUGGACCAAUUUUCUCCAGAAAACCAACUCAAAGUUUUAGAGUACAAAAUCCGGUCCGCAGUGGCACUCGAGGAAGAUGCUUCACAGUUGAUUGACUCGGGAAAAAGCUUAUUUCCCAACCAAGAGGGGCUUUUCCAGUUGCUCUCGGCAUGGAACGACCUCAAGUCUUUUGGAACUGACGAUCUGACGUAUUUUGAUGAUAUAAAACUGGCCCAGUUUGAGCUCCAGGCGGUGUUGACUGCCAUCUACAGAGUCAAAUUCGAGAAGGAUGUGGAGCUGGCAAUCAACAUUUUGACCUCAUACAUCGAUAACCUGAACAAUUUUAACGAGUUGGAACCAUUUUUGGUGUUGGUUCAACUCCACUUGGCAACAGGAAAUUUGCAAGCGGCCAACAAGGUGAUGUUGGCGUUCCAGAAAUUCCCCGACUCUGCCAGGGACUCCAUAGUGUAUCAGGUGCUAGAAUCGUGGAUUUUGGCGAUUAAGGGCGAGUCCGAUAAUAUCAGUAAUGCUUAUUACUUUUACGAUGAGCUCUUGUCGGCCGAUUUUGACAACGACCCUCAGGGCAAAUUCAAGUUGUUGAACAUGUUGUUUGUGUUGACGUUGCAAAUGAAACACUAUCCAGAGGUCCAGGAGCUUUUGGUACAACUUAAGGACCUAAACAUCACCAGCGGUGAUUUUAUUGCCAACCAAAUCACGUUUGAUUACUUGACCAAUGGCGGCGCCCAAGCAGACGAAUUAAGAAGCCAAUUGGCCAAAGUGGACCCUGAACAUCAAUGCUUGGCCGAGUUCCAGGAGAAAAACGCCCAGUUUGACGACAUCGUGAAAAAGUACCAAACCACAUAG